AUGUUCGCGUUUACGGAAAGCAUUGAACGUCUCAAUAUGAACCGUUCUACGCAGCAGACAACUGACAUUGCUGAAGAUCAGGAGAAAAAUCGACCUGAAAGCAAUGAUUGGCGUAGUUCUACACAGGACGAUUCGGACACAAAUAUGACCGAGGACGAUGAGACUACAUCGUAUCCAAAUGUUUCUGAUGGCUGGUAUGGUGCGGAUCAAACUAGUCCCUUGCUACUUCCUUCAAACAUUCGCACACAAGUUACGGUAAGAGCUAGUCAACCGCUUAAGAAUCUGGCUAAACAAAUGCACGUGAGCUCAUCUUAUCGUGUUGAGAAGAAAAUCGCUCAAGCCAUUGAUGAGUUGGGUCUGUUUCCACUCAACCUGAUUCAUUCACCUUCGGUAAGGCAGCCAGAUCCAAUGGUCAAAAGUGAUGAUUAUUGCGCGGUGAUGUUGAACAAUCAUGCGUGCACAAAUACUUCCAAUCCCCGAACUGCUCAAGCUCCGAUAGCUCGACUUAAAAUCAAAACUUCGAUUCUCAAAUCUCCAACGAGUAAUCAAGACCCCGAAUCGAAUGGCAAUCUUUCAUCCUCACCGAUCGGUUCACCCAGUUCCAAACGUCGACGGAGGUCAGCUGGCUCCAACAAAAUUUGUUCACCACAAGGAGGCGCUGAAAGAACACUCAUUUUCAUUCGCAAUUCUCGCUUUCUUCCCCGAUCGCAGUCAAACAUGUCUCCUAAAGUUGCGAUUGAAUAUCGUCUCGUAAACGGCUUGAAAGACCCCACUUCAGAUGCCGCUGCCGACGGGGAUUGUGAACACGACGAAAACACACUCGCUGGACGUCGUUCCCACUUAGGAGAUGAUGAUGACGGCCAAUCAGUCGGUAGCCGUGCACGUAUCCGUCAUUCAGAUCAGAUUAAGCACUGCAAGUCUGUUGGAGGUGACCCUGUUUUAUCCCCGUCCCAAUAUUCUCACGUAUCCUCUCGUUCGUCACACCACGCCCCGCCGUCGUCCACAUACACGGGGGAGCACCGAACUGAGAAUGAAACAAGGCAUUCCGGUGGUCCGGUUGAUUCGACUACGCUCAAUGGUGAAGUAUUCACCUUUGAUCACGAGGACACUGUUACGGUGGACGAAAAACGCGGUGAAAGUCGACUGGGUGCUGAACACUCGUCGGAUGCAGAUGCCUGUCCCAUUCGUAGUCCUCUUCGCGAUCAAGCGGAUACAGACACUGGCACAAAGUCCAUUCAUAAAGCAAACGAGUGGGCAGAGAUCAAGGACCCCGAAGCCUCUCGGGAUCGCCUACUGUGUUUGCCCGUGGAACACAAAUUCGAGAGCGAUUUAUCUUUCCUGUUGAAUGAAUUUGCCAUUGACUCUGAAAAACUGAACAAGAAUCUGGUCCCCUUCGUUUCUGAUGGAAGUGUUCAUUCCACUAAUCCAACCACCCGAAUGAUCCCAAUGGAUGAAGUGGGCUGGGCAAUCUUACAGCGGCAACAUGAGCUACGCAUGGUCUGUGCAGCCAAUCAUAGUGUGUUGCGCCGGUUAGUUCAGGCCGCGCGACGCGAUGUACAGCGUCAGGAAAUCCAGAGACGAUUAGCUAUUGCAGAUGCUGACGUUAUCGAAGCGUAUAACAAGUUAGAAAGCUACCGACCGUUGCGCAAGCCGCCUCUCAAACGGGAUCGUGAUAUGGCCUGGAAAGCACUCAAAGAACGUCGUAAAAUAUUGAAAGAAUUGGAAGCAUUCGAUGCUUGUUCUCCUUAA